UCCUGCGCCAUGAAGGGCAUCCUCGUUGCUGGUGUCAUUACAGCACUUGCUGUUGCAGCUGUAGAAUCCCUGAACUGUGUGCAGUGUAAUUCAUGGGCAAACUCCUGUGUCGACAGCAUUGCCUCUGAAUGUCCCUCAGAUGCCAACAUCAGCUGUAUGAGUUCCUCGACCAACUCCUCUCUAGGGGGAGCCAUCAGCUUGUACCAGAAUAGUUUCUGCUCUGCGGAGAACUGCAGCGAAGAGACAAACAAUGUGGCCUUCUCUAUCCACGUUUCCGAUGAAGAACGCUUCCACUUUGCAAGCCAGUGCUGCCAAGAAUUGGAGUGCAACACCACCGACAACGCCUUGGCCCCCUCACUGGGAGAUGUAUCCAGCACAGCAGAGUGCCCUGCUUGUUAUGGAUCUAAUGAAAGCGCCUGUCUUGAGAACCCACAGAUAUGUCAUGGAGAACAGUGUGUCUCUCUAGUUGCAGAAUUUAAAAAUGACACUGAGUCUAGGAUUCUCGUGCUGAAAGGCUGUUCUAACAUCAGUGACUCCAUCUGCCAGUUCCUGUCCGCUGGAAACCAGACAGUCGGAGGGGUCAUCUUCCAAACGUUUGAGUGUACAAACGCCACCUCUUUCAGCCCCACUUCUAUACUGACUACCACCCCCAACACGGGCUCCAAGGCCUCCCUUGCCUCCUCGGCACUUGCCACCCUCCUUCUGUUGGGGCUGCUGUUCUGA